AUGACAACUAGUCAAGAGAUCAACAACGCGCGCUUCAGCAAGGAAGCACUAGAAUGGGAUUCGAAUGAGAAGCAUGUAGAGUCAACUUCAAAAGCACUCGAGGCCAUCAAGCGCUAUGUGCCCGCAUUCAAAGAUGGAAGCAACAAAGAUCUCGACGUACUCGAAAUUGGUUGCGGAACUGGCCUCAUGUCCUUCAUGCUAGCUCCACACGUACGCAGCCUCAUCGGCGUAGACACCGCAGAUGGCAUGAUUAGCGCCUUCGACACCAAGCUUGCGGAUCUUCCAACAGACCACCCAAAUCUCUGUUCAGUGAACCACUUCCUAACGAACCCGGACUCGCAUGAAUUGCAAUCCGCAGCAGCGCUCCUUGCCACCCAUCGAGGAGAGGCUCCAUCGCCACCUUACUCGUACCGAUUUGAUCUUGUGGUUUCCCACCUGACGCUGCAUCAUAUCCCGUCAAUGGCAGAGAUCCUAGCGACUAUGCACAAGUGUUUGAAACCCGGAGGUGUUGUUGCGUUAACGGACUAUGAGGACUUUGGACCCGAGGCUGUGCCAUUCCAUCCAGUGAGCAAAAGGCCCGGAGUGGAAAGACAUGGGAUUAAGAAAAGCGAGAUGGAAGAGUUGUUGUUAGGGACAGGGUUUAAUGAGGUGAGGGUUGACGAGGCCUUUGUUCUGCGGAAGGAGGUUGAUGCUGAGGAUGGGAGACCGGUGAGAGAGAUGGAUUUCCCGUUUUUGCUGUGUUUCGGCGUGAAGAGUUGA